AUGCGUGUGGCUCAAGCGGGGCUCUGCGCGACUCGAAAUGUAGACGGGAGGCCUGAACGGAACCUUAAACUCGUCCAGCACCGGGCCGUCUUUGUCCAGCUCUUAGAGCGAUCCCAGGGAGGAAAGAUUCCUUAUGGAAAUUCCGGUCGCAAAAAAACGCGCACCGCAGAAGAAAUCAAAGCCGCCGUGCAGGCGGUGCCCCAUCAUGCACGCCAAACAACACGAACUUUGGCAGCCAACUCCGAAAUCCCCAAGACGACGCUACUCACCCACAUGAAGCAACACGAAGUCAAAAAGAAGUUUUAUGUGUACGAAGAUGAAGAAGUCGCAGCCCGAUCUCUUAAGUCCAAGAACUUCAUCGCCAAGGUAAUGUUUCUUGCUGCAGUGGCACGACCGCGGUACAACCCCUCCACCAAGGUGAGCUUCGAUGGCAAGAUCGGGGUCUGGCCAUUCGUUGAAGUGGCCCCAGCCAUUCGAGGCAGCAAGAAUCGGCCCAAGGGAGCCCCUCUUACGGUUCCAAAAAAUGUCAACGGUACGGUGUACAAGGCGUUUAUUUUGGGGAGAGUUGUGUCUGCCAUCAUCAAGAAAUUUCCCCCUGGCUACCUGUCGCGUGGUGUCCGAAUCCAACAGGACAAUGCAAGUCCUCAUCGACAAGUCACGACGUCUCUGCUGCGUGCUGCUGGAGUCGAAACAUUGGUGUUAUUAACCAGCCACCAAACAGUCCAGACUUUAAUGUCUUAG